AUGGCUGCUGAGUUAGCAACCAAAGGUAUCCACAUAAAGCUGGGACCUGCUAAGGCAGCACCUGCAAAGCAGAGGCUGGCUCUGACUGUGCCACUGGGCAUGCACUGCACAGCACAGCCAAGCUGCACCAGGCAAAUGCUACCGCCUUACACGGUGACUCCUUGGCAGAAAGUAAAUAAUUCUUUAAUAAAAGCUUUACCAAUUUGCAAAGAUAAAAAUCCCACGUGGCAAGGAGACAAAGAUAAAUUUGUUGCACCAGACAACUAUGGAAAUAGGUCAGAUACAUGUUUUCUGGAAAUUCUUGAUGGCUGUCACAGUGUGACAGCUGCAGAAACAGUUGCAGCAGAGCCACUUUUAUUUCUUGAUCAGCUUUCUCAAAAAGGUUCCUCCUACAAAAAUCAGAAGGACAAAGUGCAAAUUGUAGAUUUUCCCACAGUAAUUAAGGCAGAUUACAAGGAAAAAGAGAACAUAUUCUCUGACAAGCCAGGCAAUGAGGAGACCCAGAUGAUGACCAGUCCUUACAAAUGGAUUCACAAAGUGUAUGCCAAAUCUUUUAGGAGAAUGCAGAGAUUUUUACAACUGGGAAGAAAUGAGGUUUCCAAAGCUCACUGGAGUGGCUGUUCAGUGGUUACCUGUUUGGUGGAAAGCAUUCCCAGCAAAGAGACAGAUGGCACUGAGGUAGAAGAAAGAAAACAUUGUGAAAAUAACACACAUAGUCCAUUAGGCAGAAGGGCCAAAGGUGUUGCUGGACCACUGGACUUUGCUAUUUAUAGUAUUUCAGUUUUAGCUGAUGUAUAUGCAAUCUUAUGUAAAAAUGGAAGGAGUCACUGCCUCUCAAAAGAGCACAGCACUCAUGAGAGAACACUUCCGAACGGUGGAAACAUCAGCACUAAUACACCAGAUGGAUUAGUAGAGGGAUACCUGAGAACUACAAGGGUCCCUGGACAUCACAGAGAUGCAACAAAAAGAACAUCUGUUAUACCUGUAACUCAUAUUAUAUCUGUACCUAUCAGUUUCUUAUUUUGGUUUCUAAAGGGUUUUGGGAGGUUUUGUAUUACAAUGAAGUACUGUGAUGCUGGUCAAGACCUGCUGAAGUCUGUAUAACCAGUGGGUUCUAAACCACCCCAGUUUGAAAAAGACACAAAAAUGCACCCAUCCAAUUGCAAAUCAUCAGCUGCAGGAAGAGGACAGACAUCUCUGAGACACUACAACAAUGCAACAAGCUACGUUAGGGAAAAACUGGCAAAAACUGCAUUAGCUUCAGGUUCAAGAGAUAAUAUUACUGUUUUGAUUGUAUUUCUAUAUGGAUGUGAUAAGAUACCCAAUUACCUCAACAUUUAAAAAUAGCUGAAG